AUGAGAAACAUUAGUUUCGCUUCAACAUCAAUCAACAACCUCAAGAAAGACCGACUACCUUUCGCACCCGCCAUGCCUCCAAAAUUCGACCCCAAUGAGGUGAAAGUCAUCCAUUUGAGAGCCACUGGUGGUGAGGUUGGAGCGUCCUCUGCACUCGCACCAAAGAUUGGGCCCCUGGGACUUUCACCUAAGAAAGUUGGUGAAGACAUCGCAAAAGCCACUGGUGAUUGGAAAGGUCUUCGCGUCACCGUCAAACUCACCAUCCAAAACCGACAAGCAGCUGUCUCCGUUGUUCCCUCCGCAUCCUCGCUUGUCAUUAAAGCUCUCAAAGAACCUCCACGAGACAGGAAGAAGGAGAAAAACAUUAAACACUCAAAGUCUAUCCCACUAGACGAGAUUAUUGACAUUGCACGGACUAUGCGGUUCAAGAGUCUUGCCAAAGAAUUGAAGGGAACUGUGCUCGAGAUUCUAGGAACCGCAUUUAGUGUUGGGUGCCAAGUUGAUGGACGAAGUCCAAAAGAGAUCAGUGAUGAAAUAAAGUCAGGGGAGAUAGACAUACCUGACGAGUAG